UGCGGCCGUGACACCUCCCCACGCGGGGCCGCUUCCGCUCCCGCUCCCACCCGCGGCGGCGGCGGCGGCAGCGCACGGAGCCCGGGCUGGAACCGGGACCGGGGCCGGAGCGGGGCUGCACCGGGGCGGCAGGACACCGGCGAGAUGUUUGCUGUGUGCCCAGCAAACCCCCCAUUCCAGCAGGGCCGGGGGGGCCCAGGGCCGGGCACGGCCAUCCCAGGGGCCGGACACGGGCCCGACUCCAACUCCAACUUCGUGGGAGAGGUGUGUGACAGCAACGAGAACUGGAGCCAGCCAGCGCCGGGGUCCCCGCCCGAGGAGGGCUCCAGCCGGAGUGAAAACACCGCAAAUCCGUCUGAUAAUCUGCUGUUAUUAAUGCAGAGACAGAUGGUCCAGGGCCGGCUCAGGGACACCGCCCCGGGCCUGGGGGACGUGUGCCCCGAGCAGGGGGUGCGCAGCCCCCCCGAGGGAGCAGAGGUCAGCGGGGCAGGGGGACAAAACCCUGCUGAGGAGGAGGCCGGGGGAUGCAUCAAGCCCCCGAGCUCCCCUGCAGAGGACAACGGCUACGCCAGCAGCUCCCUCAGCAUCGACAGCCCCGAGAGCACCUGCAGCACCACCUGGGACCCUCCCGCCUCUGCCCCCCAAGCCAGGAGCCCCCCUGAGGCAGGGCUGGCUGCGCCUGAGCUGGGGACCCUCUUCCCGGCUCUGGCAGAGGCCGUGCAGCACCUCCAGGACAAGGAGCGCUUCAAGGAGCAGGAGAAGGAGAAGCACCACAUCCAGCUGGUGAUGUACCGGCGCCUGGCCCUGCUGCGCUGGAUCCACAGCCUGCAGCAGAGAGUCGUGGACCAGCAGAACCGCUUGCAGGAGAGUUUUGACACCAUCCUGGAUAAUCGCAAGGAGCUGAUCCGCUGCAUGCAGCAGGGCCCAGCCUGCCUCGCUGCCGCGGCUGCCCCUGGCCCCUGAGGCGUGGAUGGCCCCUGGAUGGUGUGGCAUUGGCUGGUGGCAUCUCCAUCCUGUGCCAAGCACUCACCGGGCCCCUGGGUGCCCACCCUGCCCUUCCCAUCUCUCUCCAAGCCAGCCAGGAGUCCCCAAAGUGUUCAUCUCCAUUACCCCUCUGCGCUGGAAUUUGUUUUGUCCUGCACUCAGGUCUGGGGUGGCACUGGGCUGAGCUGACCUCAGGACCGUGGGGUUUGCAGAGCCCGAGGUGACCAGGCUCAUCUUUAAACCUAGUCUAGUCCAUUGUUGAGCCUGGCUUAGCCACACCAGUGCUGGGAUGGCUUCAUCCCCACAUCCCACCUGCACUGGUGCAGCCACAGCCCAGCCCUGGUAAUUUCUGCUUGUUGGUGAGAGUGAGGUGUCCUGGGCCAUGAGAGAGAAAAAAAAAAUCAUUCUGAAAAGUGACCUCAGAAUGCCGAAAAGUAAAUUUGAGUCAAAUGGUCCAACACCAAUACAUGUUUUUAAUGUCAGUAUUAGAGAAAAGUUAAUUUAGGUCUAUGUGUGUGUGCACGUCUGUCUGCUGUGGGCGAUGCUCUCACUCAGUGCAUGAUCCCAAAGCUAUUCAUGAACUUGUGGUGUUGGUGUUUAUAUUAAUUUAUCGUUUGAGAGCAAAGAGAAUAUUUUUUUUUGAAUCUGCAUUUUAUCCAGCAAGAGCUGUACACAGAACCCAAAGAACAAUUGUCUUAACUAGAGAUGGAAAAGGAGCUGCUGUGUGUUUGCUGUGCUUUGCUGUGCAUCCAUAGGACACAUAUUCCAUUCCAGUGCUGACAUGGAGGAGCAGCAGUGGGCAGUGAGGGCUGAGCCAGAGGGGUCUGCACUCCCCAUCCUGCCCUGUUGCCAAGCAAAGCCAGGCACUGAUUCCAUUUCUCAUCUGCAGAGGAGGGUGAUGAGGGAUUCCAUCCUCCCAGCCAAGCUGCUCCCUCCCAUCAGAGGAGCUGCUCCACCAGGAGCCCAGCAAACAGCAGAGCCUGCAGCCUGCUCAGAUCCUGGCACCCACCACCCACCAGGUGCCCCUGGACUGUGGAUAAACAACCAUGGCCAAGCCCACCCGUGACCCCCAUGGGGCACAGCCAGGCUCUGCUCCCCCUGGGGCUGCUCCCAGGGAUGAACUGAGGAGAUCCACGAAAAUCCUCUUCCCAAAAGGACAUUUUGGUGGCGAAGGGUGCACUCAAAUCAAAACAACCUGUGCCAGCUCUGGAGGAUUCUGGCAGCUUCUCCCAAGGCUCGUGCUGCCCUCCCCUCCCUUCUGCUCGCUCGUGUCCAACGCCUGCUGCCUCUGUCCUAUCCCAGACCUGUGAUCGUGGGCAUGUUGCACACCUUAAUAAAAGCCUUGGAGCUGAAGGAGCUGAGCCCCA